AUGCGGGCGGUCGCGGCGGUGUCGCUGUCGCUGUCGCUGUGCUGGCUCUGGGCGGCGGGGCUCAGCCUGCCCCGGCUGCGCCUGUCCUACCGCGAGCUUUUAGCCUCCAACCGCUCCGUGCUGUUCUCUGGCCACCGUGGCUCCCUGGGCCUGCGCUGCCUCUACCUGGAUGAGUACCGCGACCGGCUCUUCCUCGGGGGCAAGGAUGUGCUCUACUCCCUGCUCCUGGACGGGGCCACUGCAGGUGCCAAGGAGAUCUAUUGGCCACCCCGCCCUGGGCAGACGGAGGAGUGUCUUCAGAAGGGGAAGGACCCAGGGACUGACUGUGCCAACUAUGUCCGUGUGCUGCAUCCCUACAACCGGACACACCUGCUGGCCUGCGGGACAGGCGCCUUCCACCCCAUGUGCACCUUCAUCUACGUGGGGCACCGUGGUGAGCACACCUUCAGCCUGGACGCUGCCAGCAUGGAGAGCGGCCGGGGCCGGUGCCCGCACGAGCCCAGCCGCGCCUUCGCCAGCACCGUCAUCGGAGGGGAGCUGUACGCCGGCCUCACGGCAGAUUUCCUGGGGCGCGAUCCCGGCGUGUUCCGCAGCAUGGGGACGCGCUCCGCCCUGCGCACGGAGGUGGAUCAGCGCCUGCUGCACGAUCCCAAGUUUGUGGCAGCCCACUUGAUCCCAGACAAUGAUGACCGGGACAAUGACAAAGCCUAUUUCUUCUUCACGGAGAAGGUGGUGGAGGCAGACAGCAGGGAGCACGCCAUUGUCAGCCGUGUGGGGCGUGUCUGCGUGAACGAUGCGGGUGGCCAGAGGGUGCUGGUAAACAAGUGGAGCACCUUCAACAAGGCCCGGCUGGUGUGCUCAGUCCCUGGCCCUGAUGGCAUUGACACCUACUUUGAUGAGCUGGAGGAUGUCUUCUUGCUGAGAACGAAGGAUAGGAAGAACCCAGAGAUCUAUGCCCUUUUCAGCACUGUCAGCCACGUUUUCCGGGGCUCUGCUGUCUGUGUGUACCGCAUGGCUGACAUCAGGGAGGUGUUCAACGGGCCCUUUGCCCACCGUGAGAGCCCCCAUCACCAGUGGGCUGCCUACGAGGGCAGGGUGCCCUACCCACGGCCGGGCGUGUGUCCCAGCAAGACCACCAACCAGCCCCGGCGGCAGUACGGCACCACCAAGGACUUCCCCGACGAGGUGCUGCACUUUGCCCGUGCCCACCCCCUCAUGUUCCAGCCCGUGCUGCCCCGGCACCGCCGGCCCCUCCUGGUGAAGACUGACCUGCCCCAGCGGCCGCGCCGGCUCGUGGUGGACAGGGUGGAGGCCGAGGAUGGGCAGCACGACAUCCUCUUCCUCGGCACAGAUGCUGGCUCAGUGCUCAAGGUGGUGGUCAUGCAGAAGACAAACUCAGCCAUGACUGAAGAAGUCAUCCUGGAGGAGCUGCAGGUUUUUAAGACGCCUGUGCCCAUCACCCAGAUGGAGAUCUCUGUCAAACGUCAAACGCUCUACGUGGGCUCCAGCCUGGGCGUGGCCCAGGUGCGGCUGCACCAGUGCGAGUCCUACGGCACUGCCUGUGCCGAGUGCUGCCUGGCCAGGGAUCCCUACUGUGCCUGGGAUGGCACUGCCUGCACCCACUACCAGCCCUCGGGCAAGCGCCGCCAGCGCCGCCAGGACGGGCGCCACGCCAACCCUGCCCACCAGUGCCUGGACCAGAACCUGACCGUGGACGAUUUUGAGAGCGUUGAGGAGAAGGUGCUCUAUGGGGCAGAGGACAACAGCACCUUCCUGGAGUGCGUGCCCCGCUCCCCGCAGGCCAGCGUGCAGUGGUUUGUGCAGAGGCCGCCCGACGAGCAGCGGGACGAGGUGAAGACGGACGAGCGGAUCGUGCAGACGGAGCAGGGGCUGCUGUUCCGCAGGCUGCACCGGCACGACGCCGGCACCUACUACUGCAAAACGCUGGAGCACGGCUUCACCCAGACCGUGGCCAAGACCGCCCUGCGGGUCAUCCCCAGCCAGCAGCUGGCUCACUCCUUCCCCCGGGGCCCGGGGGACGAGCUCCCGGCCCUGCUGUGCCCCGAGCCCCGGCUGGUGCCACAGGCUCCCAAGAGCUGGUUCAAGGACAUCAUGCACCUGGUGAGCUCCCCGAGCCCGCGGCGCGUGGAGGAGUACUGCGCCCGCCUCUGGUGCAGCAGCCGCCCCCAGCACCGCAAGAGCAAGCUGGCCCAGGCCAAGCUGGUCCUGGCUGGCGUGGACGUGGCCAAGAAGGGACGGACAGGCAAAGCCCACAGCGAGAGGAGCCGCGUGCCCCGGCACGCACCGGCCACUUAGGGAGGGCAGGGACGGACGUGGGGCAGCCGUGGGCAGGGACCAGCUCCCUGUGCUGCUGCUGGGGCCUCUUCACCUGCUGCUGGGUGGCUUGCAGUGCUGCCUGCCUGGUGCCCCUGGAUGGGCAGGUCCCUGUCACCCUCAGGGGCUGCAGAGUCACCUCACAAACAGGCAGUGAGGCAGGACACGUUGGCCCCCCUUGCUCUUGCAGGUGAUGCAGCAGGUGGGGGCCGUGGUGCCUGGGUGGGCUGGGGCACAGUGGCACGGUGCCACCCAGGCCAUGCUGUCACCCAGGUGCUGCCUGGGUCCCUCUGUGAAUAUUGGGGCCAUGUGUGGCGCCGUGGGGAGCGGCUGAUGGCUCCAGGCUCUUCCCACACCAGCACAGAGCCUGGGGAAGAUGAUGCCUGCUCAUCUGUAUGGGGGAAAGCCAGCAUCAUCCCAAAAAGCCUCUGUGCAGGAGGAGCUCUGUCACCUGCUGUGCCUGGGGAGCCAGAGCUGUGCUGUGCCACCCAGGGUGUGUCCUGGGGGACAGGGCUCCUGCCUAUCUUCCCUCGGCACUGGGAUAUGCUCAGCAGUGCCAGCUGUUCCUGGGUGCAGCUCCCCACUACACAUCUCACAGUUUUAAGGCUGGACAGGCUGGGGAGAAAAGCAAACGGCUGUGGGCAGGUUAGACCUGUUCCUGGGUAAACACUGGGAGAAUCAAUAAUGUCACCACUGUCACUGUGCCCAGGUGGGAGCAGGAACAGGCAGAGGGCAGCCCCAGCAGAGUUUGGGGGGCUGCAGCACACCGGGGCUGGUUUCUGCUGGUGGGUGGCCUGGCAGGGCUGGUUUGGGUGGGCUCCUGCUGCCUGGCAGAGCUAAAGCAGCACCCAGGGCCUCCCCCAAACGCAGGGGUUGGGGGUAGGAGCAUGGAGGGCACCUCCAGUCUGCCAGCAAGGUGUUCCUUGCUUUCCUCAGCAGGCAUGAGCUCACUCACUGAGCCGGGGGUGAUAAAGAUCGGCCCCUUCCUGAGGCAGGGCAGCCCCACACAAUGGUGUGAACCGCCGCCCCGCCGGGCCCGGCAUUGUUCAGAGCUGCAGGAACGGGAAAGAAAAAUAAUAAUAAUAAUAAUAGUAAUAAUAAUUAAAAGGCCCUAAAUAGCUCACACAAAGCCAGGUCGUGAUAUCAUCUCUCCUCCCCGUGGGUGUUUGUGCUGCAGCAGCGGCUCCCUGGGAGCACUGCCCCAUCCCAGAGACGGACUGGGGGUCCUGCCCUCUUCUCCUCCCUGUCCCACCUGUCCUGCAACCUCCUGGGAUGGGAGAGCUGUGGUGGGGCUGGCAGGCUGGGACAUUUCUGCAGGGAUGGGAGCAGUGCGGGUGGUGAUGAUUUAUGGAGCCAAGCACCUGGAUCUGGAUAAUUGCAGGCCUGGGGGGCACAGGUGAACAGCAGCCAGCAUGCAGAGACAGGGAGGGACCGGGGUGAAAAGCCUGGAAUGAGACAGGAGUGUGAUUCCCCAGGGCCUGGAUUACAGAGCUCUGCAGUGCCUGCACUGACCUGUGCACCCCUGUGCCCCACGGAGCAGGGCUGGGCUGCCCACGCUGGGGGAGGCAGCAGGAGGGGCUCUGAGGGCUCUGCUGCCUUUGGGACCUGGCCUGAGGUGAGCUGUGACAGGCUGGAGGUGGCACAAGGGCCAGCAAUGCUUCAGAUUGAGCAGGAGCAGACACCAGGAGCAAACAGUCCCCUAAUUAGUCCCCCCUUUUGGGGGUACAUUGUCCCUGCUCCCAGUAAAUCUCCGGGGUGGCUCAGCCUGGUGCUCCUGGGUGGAUUUACCACUAAGGCUGGAGCAGGAGAGAUUUUUUCAGGGCAGCAUUCUGCAGCCUUGUCUCUGGUGAUCACCAGCCACCUGAGGCAACCUGUGACCCUAGGAACUGCCAGGGAGGGGCUGAGCAGCCAUGUGCACACCCACACGUGUGUAAGAACCCGUGUGCAGUACAACACACAUGCAGUACAAUGCACCUGGGGCUGGGAGGAGGCAGCACCCCGGGCACCUCGGUUUCUGCAGGGGGAGCAGUCCCACCUGGGCCUGGCACUGUCCCGGGGCAGGGUGGGGUGAGGGGAUCCUUGAGGCCGGGCGGGCGUGGGAACGGCCCCAGAACAAAGCCACUCCUAUUUUUAUCCCGCUUCCCAAGGAAGUGCUGGCAGCCUGCCGGCCUCCCAGGCAGCCACGGUGGGGCUGCUGGCCAGGCCAGGGCUCACACCUUCAGCACACAAUCACAGCCCCCACUGGGCUGGAACAGACCCCUGAGCCCAAGCUGUGACCCGACACUGCUGUGUCACCAGACCAUGGCACAAAUGCCACAGCCAGCCUUGCCUUGAACACCCCCAGGGACAGUGACCCCACACCUCCCUGAGCAGCCUGUUCCAAGGUCUGAUCACCUUUGCUGUGAAGAAAUUCUCCCUCAUGUCCAACACCUCCCCUGGUGCAGCUGAAGACUGUGUCCCUCUCAUCCUUUGACAGCUGCUCGGGAGGAGAGGCUGGGCAGUGCAGCCCUCAUCAACAGGGCAGCCCGGGCUGCUGAGUCUGAGCCCCAUCAUCAUCAUCAUCACCAUCAGAGGCUGGGCAGUGCAGCCCUCACCAACAGGGCAGCCCGGGCUGCUGAGCCUGAGUGAGCCCCAUCAUCAUCAUCACCAUCAGAGGCUGGGCAGUGCAGCCCUCACCAACAGGGCAGCCCGGGCUGCUGAGCCUGAGUGAGCCCCAUCAUCAUCAUCACCAUCCCCAAAAGACCCCACAGACAAACAAAACAACACCACAGCCCCAGCAGGCAGAUGCACCCACAUUAUUAUUCUUGCUAUUUCUUUCUGCCCAACAUGUAAAUGUUCAGAGCCCCCGUUAUGAGCACGGGGACGGGCUCCAUCCUGCAGCCCUGCAGGUUGCUGUUCUGGGGGAGGCCUGUCCCCAGCAGUGCUGUGGGGUGUCACAGGGAGCAGAGGGUCCCUGAGGCACAGGGCAGAACUGACAUUAAAAUGUCUGGAGAACUGCAGUCAUAAAGCUGAUGAGCAUGUGCCAAUAGCUGAACUCCCCAGACAAUAAAGGGAAGUAGCAGCACACAGCGAGGAAAGGGAGAGAAGAGAGGCUGGAAAUCAGUCACCAGAAACAGAGAGAUGUGACAAACCCUACUGCUUUAGGGGCCAUAAGCUCCAGACAUCCAUCCUUCCUGCACACCCUGCGCUAGAAAGAAUGUAAAACAGAUUCACUGUGCUGUGAAAAACACAUUUACUGUCCUGUAAAACUUUUAAACAGUUAAUAAAGGACAAUAGGAGAUAAA